UAAAGAGAAAAGAAAAGAAAAAACCUUAUUUGCCUUCUACUAUUUAGGCCAAACUAAUUUAUAUUUUAUUGCAAUAGGCAGGUAUGUUGCUAAGUUCAAUAUUUCAAUUGGGAGGGAGUAAUAAGUUAUUUCAAGAUUUUCUCCCUAUACAGAUUCUAGUUGCUGUUUCAACCAUAGCACAAGUGGGUCUCAUCUUCUAUGUCUUCAUGGCUGGGCUUGAGAUGAACUUAGAUUUUGUUUUAAGAGCACCUAAGAAGCCCACAAUAAUUGCAAUUUGCAGCACUCUGAUUCCAAUGAUAUUGGGAACUGGAAUUUAUUCUUUGGUAAUAAUAGUGGACAAGAAAUUCUUAAAAAAUUAUGUUGAAACAUACGAGUAUAAUAGACCCCAAUGCUAUUUUAUAUGGUCUAUGGUUCUUAGUAUCACAGGGUUCCCUGUUCUUGCUAACAUUCUUGUGGACCUUAAACUUCUCUACACUAGGCUUGGAAAAUUGGCAUUAACAGUAGCAACACACAAUGACUUCUAUAACUGGAUUAUGUUUGCAUUGGUGUUUCCAUUUCUUGUUAAUGGUUAUAGAGCAAUUUUCUCAAUGCUAUGUGUCAUAGCUUUUAUUCUCUUAAGCCACUUUGUGUUACGCCCUUUGCUAGAGAAGAUAGUGGCCAAGAAACCAAACAAGCAUGACUGGACCAAUUACCAGUUGUCAUUUGUGAUCAUGGGGCUUUUCGCUUGCACGGGGCUUACCGACAUCCUCGGCGUGAAUCCCCUCGUCGGGGCGUUGAUUUACGGACUUGCCAUUCCACGAGGAAGCUUCACCGAGAUGUUGAUGGAGAGAUCGGAUGAUUUUGGAUCUAGAUACUUAGCACCCUUGUUCUUUUUCAGUGGUGGCUUGAGGUGCAAUAUAGUUAAGGUUUUGCAGACUGUAGAUUUGGGUUUUAUUGUUAUAGUGAUCUUGUCUAUCUUCACAAAGAUUGUUACAACAUUUGCAGUUACUCGCUAUUAUGGUAUGCCUUUCAGAGAGAGUUUGGCUUUUGGGUUGCUUAUGAACACCAAAGGCGUCUUGUCACUCAUAGUGCUCAACAUUGCAUGGGAUAAUAAGCUUAUAAGUGCGUACGCAUUCUCAAUCAUGACGCUUACUAUUCUGAUAAUGACUUUCAUGGUGUCUCCAAUAAUCAACGUCAUUUACAGGCCAAAAACGGCCUAUAGGAUGAACAUGCUAAGGACCAUACAAAACCUAGGGUUUCAAACAGAAGUUCGAAUCUUGGUUUGUGUGCACAAUCCUCGCCAUGCCAGCGGAAUGGUGAAUAUCCUAGAAGCCUUAAGUGGUAUCAGUGUCUCCUCUUUGCGAGUGACAGCAGUUCAACUCGUUGAGCUCAAAGGUCGUGUCACUAGCCUUGUCUCUGCUCAGCUCGAGCAUCAAAGCUCGCUCGGAUUCUCACAAUCACAAUCACAAUCACAAUCAUUUGAGGACAUGGAAACGAUAGCAAGUCAUAUCCAUUUCUUUGCACAAGUGCAUAGCGGCAACCAUGCUGAAACCAGCAUGAUCAUGUCACCUUUCGCGACAAUUAACCGUGACAUAUACAAUCUAGCAAUGGAGAAACAAGCAUCAUUGGUUCUCCUUCCUUUUCACAAGCACUGGAGCUCCGAAGGCAACUUAGAGGUAACUAAAGAGGUGUUUGGCGAGAUAAACCAGAAUGUGAUGAAAGAUGCGCCAUGCUCCGUGGGGCUCUUCGUUGAUCGCGGCCUUAAUUCAUUGUUGAAUGCCAAUUUGCACAUCAUCAUGUUAUUCAUUGGGGGUCCUGAUGAUCGCGAAGCCUUGGCUAUUGCGUGGAGGAUGGCAGGACACCAUAGGAUACAACUCAGUAUGGUGAGGAUUAUUUUGUGUGGCAAAGCUGCAAUGGAGGAUCAAAAAAAGGAAUCUGGCCAUGAGGAACUACUAUCAGCAGUGCUAGAUAAGAAUAAGGAACGAGAGUUGGAUGAUAGCUGUGUGAAUAAUUUUAGGAUUAUGGGAGUGAACAAUAAGGAUACAAUAAAGUAUGAAGAGAGAUAUGUGGAAAGUGAUGAUGAUAUCCCUAGAGUGGUUAAUGAAUUUGAUCAAAAGCGUUAUGAUUUAUAUGUUUUGGGACAAGGGAAAGGUAGGCACUCAAGGGUGUUGUCCGAAAUGUUGGAUUGGACUGAUUUCCCUGAACUAGGUGUUAUUGGGGACUUAGUGGCAUCAAAUAGCUUUGGUUCCUACUCUUCUGUGCUUGUUGUACAGCAAUAUGGGUAUGGGGGAAUGGAAUUUGGUAAAAAUUAUGAGAACAACCCUAAUUGUCAUCCUCAUAUUUGCAAACCACCUUCAAGGACAAGAUCAUUAAGUAGAAUGUUUUGAAGAAAGAAUAACAUCAAGUAUGUAUAGGUUCUGAAUUCUAAUUUGGAAGUGAGAGAGAUUGAAUUGUGUGGACUAAUUGCUUGUACUACUAAGCAUGUAUACAAACCAACCCAGUUUCUUGCUUACAUGCAUGACCAUACAAUUUUUAGAGCAAAAUCUAAGUAAAUACUGACUUACUAAUUGAUUUGUUUUUAUUGAAAUUUUAUUUCACUCCAAAUGAUUUGUGUUCAACAAUUACCAAAUGCACCUAAUAUAUUUAGAGCACGUUUAGGAGAUAACAGAAGCUAUUUUUUAUUUUUUUUACUUUUGAAUUAUUCCGAAAAAUUAAUUCACAGCUUUUUUAAGAAGUAGAAAUAUAUUACUUCUUCUCGAUGAGUCAUUAUAUCACUUCCGUAAAAAAUGUUCUCUGUUUCUACUCGAAAUACUGGCCUUCCACCACCAUUUUCACGUAAUGAUUCAUUUGCUGAAAAUAUUGACCCUCCGGUAUUUUUUUUUAUCAUUUUACCACUAUUUUUAUUAUUAAAUUUGUAUUUAAUAUUGUGUGUGGUAUAAAAUCUCAAUUUUAAUUUUAUUUUUUCACAUGUGAUUUUAUUUUUAUAUAGCUUGCUAUUAUUUUUAUAGUUAGUUAUAGCAAGUUCUUGAUCCCAAUAAAGGAGGAGGGAGUUCUAACAGGAGCGAAAAAAAAAAAACAGCAACAAAAUAUACAUUGACACAUAUUUUACAUUUGUUUUCAUUUUCACCUACCAUAUUAUACAGAAUAAAACAACAAAUACUAACUACACAAUAAUUUCUUUGACAUUGCCAUCAAGAUUAUUGUGAAUUAGAAUUUUGUUACUAUUCACCACAUAUAAGAACACCGUUAUGGGUGAGGUGAAGUAGAAAAACCAGUUUCUAGUACCGAAUGCUGAAAGCGCUAGAAAAAUGGAACUAAUAAGAGAACAAAUAAAAAAUCAAUUGCCUAAUCGAUUGUAAUCUUAGUGACUAGGUUAGGUAAAAUCAACAUUCAAUAUUGAAAAGUAUUUGUUAUCAUCGCUAUUUUAAUAUCUAUUUUCUUGUAUAAAAAAAUUGUAUUUUUUUAGUUAUUUAUCCAAACGCUACAACUUUAAAAUAAGUACUUCUAUAACUAAAUAUUCAAACACAAAAUAAUUUAUUUAUAAGCUGCUAUUAAUAAAAAUCCUUAGUAUAGUAGAAUACAUCAAUUAUUAUCCUAGACAUUUGCUAUAGUCUAGACUAGGCACACUACUAACAUUUGUUUCAGUUUUGACUGCAUACUUUUCCUAGCAUCGGUACUAUAGGUUAGAAUUUCAAUUUCAUAGCAUUGGAAACCAUAAAAUUAUAUACUCCAAAGAGCUAAAAACUAAGAGAGACAUGACUUCAAGACUAAUCAAAUAAACACAUAAUACAUACUAAAUAUGACUACUAGAAUUCUGCAUCACUGUAUAUAUAUACACUAAGAAUAUUCACGCAUGGAUUAAAUAGUGAAAUAUCUAAUACAUUGGAAUACAUCAUUCUCAUCCAAUAUAAAAAAGGUUUAACUAUAAAUUGACUAAACUAUGCAUUUAAUUAUGUAGCCGACCCUGCCUAAGUUAUGUUUGCGAGCUGGCAUUUUGGAGGGAUGGGAAGAGUAGGAAAAGAAGGG